AAGUUUUUGAGUUGACAGCAAUGUGAAACUGUAUAAAAUUACUCUUUAUGUAUACAAGAGCUAUCUUGAUCUAGUAAAGGAGACUUGAAAAACAAUAGUUCUAGACUACUUCUAGACUAGAUCUAGAUUAGAUUCUAGAUCUCUAUAUGACUAUAGAUACACUUUGUUAAUUAUCACAUUGUCUUGCUCUCAGAGUAAAUUUGCUAGAUGGCUGGCAGUCGACGAGAAAAACUUGGUUCAAUUCUAUCAAGAUUGACAGGAUUAAUGCAGUCAGGGGCACUCAGUUAUGAAGAGCGUCCAGUCUGGUAUGACAUAGUCAAAGCUUUACCACCAAAACCUAGUCCUCCCCAAAAAGAAGUUCCUAAUAUAUUUUAUCCUGAGGAUUUUGUCAGAGUGCAUUUCUAUGAGAAGUUUGUUCAGACUGACCCUGUCAUGUUAACGACACAGAUAAAAACUAUACCUCAAAGAUUUAUCGACAAGUAUAUAGAACUACAUAGAUUAAAUGCUGUUCCUACAUCAGACUUAUUUCAACAAACAGUUUCUGUCUUAAAAUCUGAAGGAUUUCAUUUAACAACACACCAAGAAAAAGCAGCAGCUACAGCUAUCAAGUCUUCAUUUAAACAAGAGCCAGGUUCAAGUUCAGAAAAAGUUGAACAGAAACUAAAAACAGUUAACCUAAAUACUUUAUUUGAUCAAUAGUCUACUUAGUGAUAUUAAACUGGCUUUCUUAUAUAUUUUUAUACAAA